AAGAGGCUCCUUGAGCGGACCCGGAAGGGGUGGGUUCGACGGGUGAGUCCAAUCAGUCCGGAGCCUCGUGGAGGCCAAGGUGCAGCUGCCUCACUUGUGGUGUCAGAUGUUCGAACAUGGGGCUCACCAGGCAGUACCUACGCUAUGUUGCCAGUGCAGUCUUUGGCCUUAUUGGCAGCCAGAAGGGUAAUAUUGUCUUUGUGACACUUCGUGGUGAAAAAGGACGCUAUGUGGCAGUACCAGCCUGUGAACAUGUUUUCAUCUGGGACUUAAGGAAAGGAGAGAAGAUUCUCAUCCUGCAGGGGCUUAAACACGAAGUCACUUUCUUGUGCCCCUCCCCAGAUGGGCUGCACUUAGCUGUUGGUUAUGAGGAUGGGUCUAUCCGAAUCUUCAGUCUCCUGAGUGGGGAAGGAAAUGUGACCUUCAAUGGACACAAAGCAGCAAUCACUUCCUUGAAGUAUGAUCAGCUAGGAGGCAGGCUGGCAUCUGGGUCCAAGGACACAGAUAUUAUCGUGUGGGAUGUGAUCAAUGAAAGUGGCCUCUACCGUCUAAAGGGGCACAAGGACGCUGUUACACAAGCAUUGUUUCUACGAGACAAGAAUCUGCUAGUUACCAGUGGGAAAGAUACCAUGGUGAAAUGGUGGGACCUUGAUACCCAGCACUGCUUCAAAACAAUGGUUGGCCACCGAACUGAGGUGUGGGGUUUGGUUCUGGUCUCAGAAGAAAAGCGACUCAUCACUGGGGCUUCUGACAGUGAACUGAGGGCUUGGGACAUAGCUUACCUGCAAGAGAUGGAAGACCCAGAAGAACCAGAGCCCAAGAAAGUCAAAGGGUCUUCCCCUGGAAUACAGGACACACGUGAAGCAGAGGAUGGUACCCUUGAGAUGGAUGAAGCUCCUGAGGAUCGCAUCCUUACGUGUAGAAAAGCUGGUUCCAUAAUGCGGGAAGGAAGGGACAGAGUUGUGAACCUUGCAGUCGACAGGACAGGCAGGAUUCUUGCUUGCCAUGGGACUGAUUCUGUGCUAGAAGUGUUUCGUAUCCUUUCCAAGGAGGAAAUUCAGAAGAAAAUAGACAAGAAGAUGAAGAAAGCUAAAAAGAAAGCAAAAUUAAAUUCUUGCAAAGAGGAGGAGGAAGACCUUGAAGUCAAUGUUGAAAUGACUCUGCAAGGUGAAAUCCAACGGGUGACGAAUAUCAAAACUUCUGCCAAAAUCAAAUCCUUUGACUUGAUUCAUACUCCUCAAGGAGAGUUAAAGGCUGUCUUCCUGCUGCAGAACAACUUGGUGGAAUUAUAUUCACUGAAUCCAUCCAUGUCAACUCCUCAGACUGUCAGGACAAACAGAAUUACCAUCGGGGGUCAUCGCAGUGACGUGCGGACUUUGUCAUUCAGCUCAGACAAUAUCGCUGUCCUUUCAGCAGCAGCUGAUUCCAUUAAGAUAUGGAACAGGUCUACACUGCAGUGUAUUCGCACGAUGACCUGCGAAUAUGCACUUUGCUCAUUCUUUGUACCUGGUGAUCGGCAGGUGGUCAUAGGAACAAAGACAGGAAAGCUGCAGCUUUAUGACUUGGCCUCAGGAAAUCUGCUGGAGACAAUAGAUGCACAUGAUGGAGCUUUAUGGUCCUUGUCGCUCUCUCCAGAUCAGCGUGGCUUUGUGACAGGUGGUGCAGAUAAAUCUGUCAAGUUCUGGGAUUUUGAGUUGGUGAAAGAUGAAAACAGUACCCAGAAGAGGCUUUCUGUGAAGCAAACCCGAACCUUGCAACUAGAUGAAGAAGUUCUGUGUGUCAGUUACUCUCCCAAUCAAAAGCUGUUGGCUGUGUCUUUGCUGGACUGUACUGUGAAAAUUUUCUAUGUUGAUACUUUAAAGUUUUUUCUCUCACUAUAUGGACACAAACUGCCUGUCAUAUGCAUGGACAUCUCUUAUGAUGGAGCGCUGAUAGCAACUGGUUCUGCCGACAGGAACGUGAAGAUCUGGGGUCUGGACUUUGGGGACUGCCACAAGUCUCUGUUUGCACAUGAUGACAGUGUGAUGUACCUAAAGUUUGUACCCAAGUCUCACCUCUUCUUCACUGCUGGGAAAGACCAUAAGAUUAAGCAGUGGGAUGCAGACAAAUUUGAACACAUACAAACUCUGGAGGGGCAUCACCAAGAAAUAUGGUGCUUGGCUGUAAGCCCCAGUGGGGACUAUAUUGUAUCAUCGUCCCAUGACAAAUCUCUGAGACUUUGGGAGAGAACAAGGGAGCCUCUUAUUCUUGAGGAAGAAAGGGAGAUGCAAAGGGAAGCAGAAUAUGAGGAGAGUGUGGCCAAAGAAGACCAACCAGUAGUUCCAGGAGAGACUCAAGGUGACAAUUACUUUACUGGAAAGAAAACUAUUGAAACGGUCAAAGCGGCUGAGAGGAUCAUGGAGGCUAUUGAGCUGUACCGAGAAGAAACUGCAAAAAUGAGAGAACACAAAGCCAUUUGUAAAGCUGCAGGGAAAGAGGUUCCUCUUCCCAUCAACCCCAUCCUGAUGGCUUAUGGCAGUAUCUCUCCUUCAGCUUAUGUGUUGGAGAUUUUUAAAGGAAUCAAGUCAAGUGAGCUGGAAGAAUCUCUGCUUGUGCUGCCUUUCUCUUACAUCCCAGACAUUCUUAAGCUCUUUAAUGAAUUCAUCCAGCUGGGCUCUGAGGUUGAACUUCUAUGUAGGUGCCUCUUCUUUCUCCUCAGGAUUCACUUUGGCCAGAUCACUAGCAACGAAAUGCUUGUGCCAGUGAUUGAAAAAUUAAAGGAAACAACUAUUUCAAAAGUCAGCCAAGUCCGGGAUGUUAUCGGCUUCAACCUGGCAGGUCUUGAUUAUCUCAAGAGGGAAUGUGAGGCAAAAAGUGAAGUUAUGUUUUUUGCUGAUGCUACCAGCCACUUGGAAGAAAAGAAGAGGAAAAAGAAAAAGAGGGAGAAGCUGAUUUUAACAUUGACUUAGAACUGAAAUGUGGUGCCUUUUUCAACUUUUUCUUGAAAAGGACUUCCAAACUAAGCAGCAGUAGAGUUGGUGUAAUCUUUGAAAUAAAUAAGAGGUUAUCAUGUUGCAAAAGAAAGAUCCUAGGAUGUGUUUCCUAACUUUGCCUGAGGGAAUUCCAACAUAGCAGUAUGGGCUCCAUUUCUUGGCCUGAAACACAGACUAGUUUAAAAUCUGUGCUCUGAAUGGCAAGCCCUGCAGGAGUUGUUCCCUUCUAGCAGGAAGCAAAGAACUUUUUAAAAAUCAAGUAUUUGUUUCACUAGAGUUGAAAUUAACAUUUCAGAAGUUUUCCUUAUUUCUUUUAUGUCAGAAGAUUUGUUGGGUAAUUUGUUGCCUCUCUGUAUUAGGUUUUACUGCCUACUGAGACAAUCAGGUAUGUAACUGAUUGCCCUCUGCCCAUAAAUGCAGAGUCUUGGACUUACAGAACUGAAAGGGACCAUAAAAGUUAUCUAGAACAGCCUCUUUAAACUUAACCUCUUGUAGGUGGUUUUAUCUGUGUAUAAAAAGCUCCUAAUUAAUUGCUGUUUAUACUUCUCUAAGUAGUUGUUUCUAAUUAAAGAGUAGUCAAGUAGAGAUGCCUUGCUGUGCACUAAUCAAAGAGAAGGGGAACUUACCUCAGAUAAAGUGAAAUGUACAGUAAGUAACUGAGCUAUAUAGCUUUUGGUCAAAGUAUCUGAAACUCCUUACCUAAAGGUUUGAGGUUAACAGGUGAGUUUAAAAAAAAAUUCUAAGCCAAGCUAAUUUCUAGUCAUUAAGUCAGAAUUUAUUGGUUUAGCCAGCCAUUGGCUACAUACAAUCCUUUGUACUGAAACCAUUUAAUGAAUAAUCUCUUGCAAAUGAUGCAUUGUUACCUAUGGAAGCCUGUAAUGCCAUAAAGAGGAGGCUCAUGAAUGGUUUAUUAGGAGUAUACCAUCUAAGCUUAACUUAAAAUAGAAAUAAAUAAAUCUCCAUAUGUCUAUAUAUAUUUAUUUCAAAUAAGCUUAGAUGGUAUACUCCUAAUACGAAGUAUAUGCUUAACAAUUUGAGAUUCCCUGGCUAGAAGUUAGGUGCUUAGUGUAGUAAUUGUAUUAAUUAAAGUGUUUCUCUGUGACAAGUAUCAUAAGUCAUAUCUCAUCCCAAAGAAGUCUAGCAGAGCAUCUAGGACAGUGACCAAGGAGACAGUGGCGUCUGUCACUGGCAUGUAGGGUUCUACUCACCUAUCCGUCAGUGCAGCCUUUCCAGGCCAGACCAGGCAGGAGCUUAGGAGGAAGCCACCUGGCCUACAAACAGUAUCUACAAUCCAUCCCCUUUCCUCAUAAUCUAAGAGCCUUAGUUUUGAGAUAGGACUGAGGCUCUUAAGGAUAACAUCACCUUAUAUUCUAAGUCCUAUCUAUCUCUUUAUUUCUGAGGUUGUGAGAUGCGAGCAGCUCUGAUGUGUACCGCAGUCACUGGCCCGAUCCUUGGUAGGGCCGAGUGCUAGCUGCCCUUGUAUAAUCCCUACCCACCCAAGCGUAGGCUGGGCCUAGUGACCUGCUUCUAAAGAAUAGACUACAACAAAUGUAAUAGGAUAUCUCUUCCAAGGUUAGGUUAUAAAACCCUGAAUUCUGCCUUGCUCGUGCUCUCUCAGGUCUUCUUGAUCACUCUGGUAAACACAAGCUGCCAUGUUGUGAGAUGCCCUGAGGGCAAUCUCCAGACAACAGCCAGUGAGGGACUGAGGUCCUCAGUCUAACAGCCUGUAAGAAGCUGCAUCCUGCCAACGACUGCUUGAGUGAACUGAAAGCAGGUUCACCCCUAGUUAAGCCAGAGUACCCAACAGCUCUAUGCCUGGAUUCCUGACCCACACAAGCUAUGAGAUCAUAAUGUCUGUUGCUUUAAGCUUACUGAGUUUUGGGGUAAUUUGUUACGUAGCAAUAGAUAACUAAUACAGCUUCUGUAGAGCAAAUUACCUAACCUGGUUAUGUUUCAGAUUACUCAUCUACAAAAUGGCAUGAUGCUACCUACACUGAAGUUAUUAUAAAGUACUUACCACUGGCUCAGAGUAAACACAGAAUAUGUUACUUUUACUGUGUGAGACAUACAAGGUAUAAACCUAUAGAAUGAUUCCAAUAUAUACAUAGAUAAGAUUGGAAAGAAAUGGACUAAAAUGUUAUCUGUCAGAUAUUACAGAGAAUCUUUACAAUAGAUGUCUAAUAUGAGUAAGUACAUUGGGCAUCUUGUAAUCUCAUUAACUCUGAUAAUAUGAACAAAGAGGCAUAAAGACAACAUCACUUAAGACAUUUCUUCUAUUAGGUACAUUCAUGUUGUUACUUUUUUUUUUUUUUGAGUGCUUAUUCAUUCUUUACUUAUUUCCAAACCUUCCCAGGGUUGAAAAGAUAUUUAUUCAGCUAUGGGACAGUUUAAUCUCUAGUUGGCUAAGGUUACUGGAACAGUAAUUCAUACUCAUGUUACAGUCACCAUCGUAGACAGGCUAAGGAAAUAGUCCUACUUACUGGUCAAGAUUUUGAGACUACAGAGGAGAUAUAGGGACUAAAUUAACCCAUGUCAUUCUUUCUGAAGCAUAUAAGGAUAUGUUUAGUUCUUUUUCAAAACUAUUUCCUAUAUCAGUAGGAGACUCAAAGAUCAUACCUCUUCCAAUUCUUUCAUGUGAUUUGGGUAACAGGAAUCCUAUAUUUGCACUCAGGUUUCAGUUAACUUCUCUCAAUUCUUGAUUGAGUUCUGAACUUCUUUAGCAAUGAGUCACAAUUUUGAAGCAUGUUAUUACUUUUGAUAGAUUGGUGCCAGCAGACAUUACGAAUAUUUGAAAGCUCUUCUGUAGUUUUCAGAAUUGUCCAGCUAGAGUUUCAAACUUCACCACUGCUUAGUUUAAGAUAACUUCUGAAAGGCAUGGACUAGAACCGAGAUAAAUCACAUCUUAAUCAGUGGUUCCCAAAGUAUAUUCCAAGACCCCUAGGGGUCUGAAGACUCUUCCGAGUAGUCCACAAGGUCAAAAAUAUUUCAAAACAAUAAAUUUAAUAAUGUCCUCCAGGAAUUCAUGUCCACCCAGAGCCUAUGAAUGUGACCUUAUUUGGAAUUUGGAUCUUUACAAAUAUAAUUAGUUAAGAUUAGGUCAUUCUAGAUAAGAUUAAAUCCAAUGAUUUGCU